UACUAUGAUUUCAAAUACAGUUACUGAAAAUAUUUUGAUUGAAUCACCUUGAACAAAACUGAAAGUGACAAAUAAGUAUUUUGUCUUGAAAAUAAAUGUGAUAACUUCAGGGAUUUUCUAAAUUUGCAACAUUUUAAAAUUUAUUAAAUAUUAGAUCAAAUUGCCUCAAAAUCAAACUUUAGACAUCACACCCAGUGAUCUCCUGGAUCAGGAAAAGCACUUUUUUCACAUUUUGAAAAAAUCAAAGCAGCUUCACUCAGCGUUGGACUAUAGGAGAGAUGGGCGGUCACAACGACUUAUACCCCUUAAAAAUGAGACUCUUAUUUUUACAUUACAUGUGUGCCAGAGUACUUCAGAGAAGGAACAUGAAAAUACACUAUACAAUAUAAGGAACAUGCGCUGCUGCAUUAAGUACACCUGACUCAAAAUAUCACAUUACUCAGUACCAACCUGUCAGCAAUGGAGAACAAUUCUCGCAAAAAUGAAACAACAAAAUAAGGAUGAAGUCACAAACUCUUGGGGAAGUGUUUCCUUGGAUGCCUAUGAAGGGUCGUCGGUGUUUUCCAACUAUUCCAACUCGUCCGAGUUAAAUGGCACAGGAUCCGCUCCUCUCCACCUGUAUCGUGCUGUCCCACUCGGCUUGGCUUUGGGAACUUUCAUAAUCUUUGCGGUGGCUGGAAACAUCUUAGUGAUACUGUCAGUGGUGUGCAACAAGCACCUGAGAACUCCAACGAAUUAUUUUAUCGUUAAUCUCGCCAUCGCCGACCUUCUCCUUGGCACCACCGUGUUACCUGUAUCGGCCACCUUGGAGAUACUGGGUUACUGGGUCUUCGGGAGGAUUUUCUGUGAUGUUUGGGCAGCUGUUGAUGUGUUGUGUUGCACCGCAUCCAUUAUGAGUUUGUGCGUAAUCUCCGUUGACCGCUAUGUCGGAGUGAGCCAUCCUUUACAAUACCCCAACAUCGUGACGGGGCGCAGAGCUCUGCUCGCCAUGCUCGGGAUUUGGGUCCUGUCUCUGGUCAUCUCCAUUGGACCCCUGCUGGGAUGGAAGCAGCCUCCGUCACCGGACCAUACGGUGUGCGUAAUAACCGAGGAACCCUUUUACGCACUGUUCUCAUCACUCGGUUCCUUCUAUAUUCCUUUAGUUGUCAUUCUAAUCAUGUACUUUCGUGUUUAUGUAGUGGCCAAACGGACAACUAGAAAUUUGGAAGCCGGUGUGAAGACGGAGUCGAUGAAUUCAGGUGAAAUAACGUUAAGGAUUCACAGGGGUUCGCAGGUGCAGGAGGACACUGGGUGCGCAGCCAAAGGCCGCGCUCAUCAGGCGAGGAAUUCUCUAGCAGUCAAACUUCUGAAGUUUUCACGGGAAAAGAAAGCAGCUAAGACCUUGGGGGUUGUGGUUGGCAUGUUUACGCUGUGCUGGUUACCAUUCUUCCUCACUUUACCAAUAGUCUCCUUUGAUGUCAGCAUGCGGCCCCCUGACAUUGUCUUCAAAAUCAUCUUCUGGCUUGGUUACUUCAACAGCUGCCUGAACCCCAUCAUCUAUCCAUGCUACAGCCGGGAGUUCAAGCAAGCUUUCAGCCGCAUUCUGAGAUGCAGAUGUCACCGCAGAAGAUGGCCUGGUUGGAGAUCAUACAACUACCAGGGCUCGCAAAUCAACUCUUUCUACUCACGUCAAGAUUCAAAGGACUCCAUGAACUAUGGCAGUUAUCUGAAUGGUAGCCAGCGAACCCUGUCUUCUGCCAGCCCCAGCCCCAGUUACCACACCAAAGGCCUGUCACAUUUCCAGGAAGACGGACCUAGACAUUGCUGGAGCAGGAUACCUACCGUUUUUUCGGAGAGUAUUUUGGAUCAUCAUCUUGAACCUGUGGAGGAAGUCCCUACCCAGUGUAAUGAAAAUCCAGGCCAACAUGGUCUCAGAGAUUGCCCUCAAGAGCAAGAAAAAAGUAAAGAUGUGGAACCUGAGGGAAAUAUGUGAUAUUUUUCCCUACACUGUGGAAUGUCACUCAUCCUUAUCAUGCCUUCUUUGUAAA